UUGUUAUUAAGCAGUUAAGCAUCGCACAUGAGUUUGUCAGUAGUCUGAUCCCGAUAGGAUUCCCCCGCCUCCGCUGCCACCAUUUCUCCGUCUCCGCCGCCGCCGCCCUUCCUCGCCUCCGCCGUUGCCGCCGUCGUUUCCCGUCUCAGCAGCCGCCUCCUUCUAUCCUCGCGUGCUCCGGCGACCCAACCAUGUCGUGGCUCACGCACUCCUUCGCGGCCACGCUCUCCUCACCGUGUGACGAGCCCGACCCCGACGACUACGAAUCCGAGACAUCCUCCACCGACACGGCGGCCGCGCAUGAGGGCUCCUACUCGCCGUGGAGCCUCGAGGACGAGGGUCCCGAGCAGACCAACACCUUGACCCGCGGAUCGCAGCGAUCUGGCGGACAUCGGUGGGAGGGUGAGGAGCCGCAUCUCGAUGAUGCAGAACAACAUGGCCGUGGUGGAGAUCUCCAAGAUCGCGUCCUUGUUCCUGCCGUUCGGGAAGGAGGAGGUGGAUGAAGGAGAUGCCGUCCCCAGCGUGACCGAGAGGAGGUGUUGGUCUUCGUCAGGCACAUCUCCACACGACCUGAGACGUGGCUCGAUUUCUCCCUCUUCAUCAGCGAGCAUUAUGCGGAUGACAGCGAAGAAUGGGAUGGGCGAGACGGCGGCUGGCGGCUCCACCACCCCACGCACACCCACACGACCGGACAGCAGCGGGGGGAAAUGCACCGGCGAAUCCACCGCAAAGUCCAACAUCCGAGCCGGCGGAAGUGCCAUCUACACCACCUCGGCCGAUAGCUCUAGCUCUGCGCCACCUGCAGCUGGUGAGGGAAUUGACCUCCCCCCUGGUCUGCAUCUGAAAUUAAAAGCAAUGUCCACCGCGCUUCUCGGCAAGUAGGUAUCCCGCAGCCAAGACGUCAGAGACCACAUCUCCUCCGGCGACCCGUCGACCACGACAGUCCCCACGCUCUUCCGGCCGGCGACUCCUCAUGCAGACAUUUUUGGUCCAGAUCCAAGCAUUUAAUCAUUACCCCAUUUACACCAUUGAGGUUUGUCAAAAUCAAGUACUCAACCCAUAGUUUACCCCAGUUUACAAUGUCAAUCCAAUUUUAUUAGGAUAUGAACUAAAUGGAGUAUCAAUUAUAUAUUUUUCUAAAAACUAUUAGUACUGAAAUUCCGCAACCCAGUUGCUUAGGACUUUUGAAUAUUUUAAAAUUAAUAUUCUACAGAUAACUAGGUGCAAAUAGAAAAUAAAGAUCGAGGUACAAUGUCAGUUGGAUACCUGGAUUUAUGGCCCUAGACUAACUAAUUCUGAUAAUUGGCUUGAACUGCAGAAGUAUUUUUUCAGUGCUACCUGCAGGUAAGACUUCUGAAGGUUUGUAAUUAAUAAAGCCAAAAUGCAUUGCUUUUCUUUUGACAGAUGAUGUGUUAAUGCGUCGCUUCAUUAAUUCUUACCCUUGCUGUGCCAUAUGUGCGUUUUUGUGUGUGUGGAGAAGAAUCAUUUUUUUAAUCUCCUUAUCGUUUUACAGUUUACUAAUGACGGAGAAUCAACCAUUCCUUCUGAUAGCAACGCGACCUCCGGGCCCUCUUUAGGCGGCGGCGAAGCUAGCAGAUCUACUUGCAAGGAGAUGUCGUUCAAGUUUCUAGAAAGCAUAACAGAUCGAUUCGCUGAUGAGCGAAUAAUUGGAAGGGGUUUUUUCGGAACUGUUUACAAGGGAGUUUAUGAUAAUAAACAAGUCAUUGCUGUGAAAAGGUUACAUGCAGUAAAGAAGGAGUUUUAUGGAUCGAAUGAUAAGAUCUUCCAGAAUGAGUAUCAAUACCUUAUGGAGUUCCAUCACCAAAAUAUUGUAAAAUUAGUUGGCUGCUGCAAUCAAACAGAACAAAAACGUUUUGAGCACAAGCGAGGACCGAUGUUUGCUGAAAUUCGAAACAUGGUGUUGUGCCUCGAGUAUUGUCCAAAUGGAUCCCUUGAUCGGCAUCUUUCAGACAUAAGUCAUGGACUCGAUUGGCUCGCACGCUACAAAAUAAUUAAGGGCACUUGCGAGGGUUUAAGAUACCUCCAAGAGGGAUCCAAGUGUCCUGUCAUUCAUAUGGACCUAAACCCUAGUAACAUAUUUCUAGAUGAGAACAUGGUACCAAAAAUAGGAGAUUUCGGUGAUGCCAGACUUUUGGAUGAAGAAUGUUCCAUGCAGACAAUAAGAGCGAUAGGAACAGUAGGAUACAAGCCACCUGAAUUCAUUGACAAACAAGUUAUCUCCAUAAAGUCGGACAUAUACAGCUUGGGUAUUAUAAUCAUAGAGAUAAUGACAGGGACAAAAUAUGAUAAAUAUAGUGAAUUUUCAUCUUCCCAGGAGUUUAUUCAGCAUGUGCAUGAAAACUGGAGGAAGAGGCUACAGGCAACAUGCGACGACACAUCUGUGGAAAGUUAUUGUCAGCAAGUUAAGAAAUGCCUCAAAUUAGCGUUGAGCUGUGUGGAGCAUGAGAGGCUCAAAAGGCCAUCUAUCGGCGAAAUCGUCAAUAUGCUGAAUGAAACAGAAACCUUUAUUCAUGAACUUACUACAAAAGAUAAAUCCAAACUGCUUGACGUCCACCCCCUGGAGCUCUGCUUCCCCUUCGAGCCAAAGAAGGCUAUUUCCUGCUCGUUCCGGCUAGACAACAAGGGAAACGACCGUAUUGCGCUCAUGGUUAUGGCAAAGAGCCAGAAAAUGUACUCUACAAAGCUGCCACUCUGCAGCGUCGUGCCUCCGGGUUGCUCCUAUACCAUCACGGUCACAAUGCGCAAGCAGAACCAGCAGCCACCAUCAGGCAUUGGUGAGCUCUUCACAGUGCAGAGCGUCGCGGUGGGCGAUCAUGAUCUCAAGCAUGUUGACCUAGAUUCUGCCUCGGCGGUUUACGACAACUUCUUUAAGAAAGCCGAAGAGAUGAACAGUGACGAGGUGCAAGAGAUUAUGCUGCCUGUUAGUUGGGAUCCACCUGCUGAAGGGACAGAAUCUGAGCCGACACAAUCCAGAAUCGAGAUCAUUGCCAUGCCGAAUUCUCAGCAAGUGUCAUCAGUAGAUGUGCAUCCAUUAGAGCCAUGGAUUAUGACGACGCAUAGUGGGGGGAGCCUUCGUGUUUGGGACUAUCAGACGAUGGUAGGUGUGGCUCAUCUAGUCACCUUUGGUGUCGAUCAGCAGCCAAUGACAUUUUGUACCGGAAUGUGUUAUGAAAUGUUGCGCUCCUUUGAAGUCACAGAUGAACCAGUUCAUGCAGCUAAAUUUAUCGCACGUAAGAAAUGGCUUGUCACGGGCGAUGACAGUGGUUGCAUCCAUGUGUUCAAUUAUGGCGAAAAGGAAGCCACGAGCUUCGAUGCUCAUGACAGUGGCAUCACAUCUUUGGCUGUGCAUCCGACAGAAACUGUUGUGCUGUCAUCCCAUGAUGAUAAUCUGAUUAAGCUUUGGGAUUGGGAGAAGGACUGGGAGUGUACUCUAACAUUUCAGGGGCACACUAACGGAAUGACUCAAGUAACGUUUAACCCAAAUGACACCGAUAGUUUUGCAAGUGCUUCCAGGGAUGGCAAGGUCAAGAUCUGGAGUCUUCAUUCUGAUGGUGGUAGCAUCAUCACAUUGGAUGGACACGACCAAGGCCUGCUCUGUAUUGAUUACUUCACACGCCGUGAUCGGCAGCAUCUGAUCACCGGCUGCAUGGAUGGGACUGCAAAUAUUUGGGAUCUGGAGAUGAAUAUCUUCGAAGGAUGUGUUGAUAGGAUAGAAGGGCAUGAAGGGCGUAUUACUGCCGUCAAUUUGCACCCAGAGCUUCCGUUGCUGAUUACAGGUUCACUUGAUGGGACUGUUCGUCUGUGGGACUCCACUACCUACAAGCUUAAGAACAUAAUUGGUUUUAACCUGGGUGAAGUUUAUGCUUUUGGAUUUAUAAAUGGUUUGAGAAGGUUGGUUGUCGGGUGCCACCAAGGAAUAGCCAUGAUGGAAAUACCUUCACCCUGAAGAAAAUAACAGAAGCAUAGUACAUUCAGGGAGAAUAGAACGUUUGAUGGAAUCCAGCUCAAAUUUUAAAUAUUCCAAUGAGUACCUAAAGUGUGACUUUGUCCACCUUGCUAUCAAUAGUCAUAAUUUGAAAGAAGAAAACAAUUGUAAGAUUUGUUCUAAAGACGCUAUGUUUUUACAUACGAUAUUCUGGUCCGCAAACUGUUAGAGCAUCUCUA